CCGGCCUUCCUCCAGCUGACACCCGAGGAGCUCCGCCGAGCCGACGACCACGCCGGCCGGGCGGUGCAGAGCCCCCGCGACGGCCGCCGCCGCCUGCCCUGGAGCACGGGCUACGCCGAGGUGAUAAAUGCGGGGAAGAGCCAGCACAACGAGGACCAGGCAUGCUGCGAGGUGGUGUUUGUGGAGAGGAGGCCCAGCCCGAGGGGCCGGCCACCAUCCAGGGAAGAUGGCGGGGAGAAGGGGUUUUAUUUCCACUACUGGGCCUUGUUUGAUGGCCAUGCAGGCAGCGGUGCUGCUGUCAUGGCAUCCAAGAGGCUUCACCUGCACAUCUGCGAGCAGCUCCGGGACCUCGUGGACAUCCUGCAGGACCCAUCUCCGCCUCCCAUCUGCCUCCCGCACGACCCAAGGGCCAGCCCUGUGGAGCCAGGCCGGGUGCCCCUCGCAGAGGAUGAUGGGGAGGUCCCCAAUGAUGCUGUGCCGCGGUUUCACCUGGAGAAAGCCGUCUCUCACGAGAGCCUGGUGAUUGGUGCCAUCGAGAACGCCUUUAAGCACAUGGACGACCAGAUCGAGCGGGAGCAAGCGUCCCAGCGCCUGUCUGGGGGCUGCUGCGCCCUGGCUGCCGUCUACCUCAUGGGCAAGUUCUACGUGGCCAAUGCCGGUGACAGCAGGGCCAUUAUCAUCCGUAAUGGGGAAAUCAUUCCAAUGUCCAGGGAGUUUACUCCAGAGACAGAGAGGCAGAGGCUGCAGUUUUUAGCGUUCCUGAGGCCCGAGCUGCUGGGGAAGGAGUUUACCCACCUCGAGUUCCCCCGCAGGAUCCAGCCCAAGGAGCUGGGGAAGAAGAUGCUGUACAGAGACCAAAACAUGAACGGCUGGUCUUACAAAAAGAUAGAAGAGGAUGACCUGAAGUUUCCACUUAUCUAUGGGGAAGGCAAAAAGGCUCGGGUGAUGGCUACGAUUGGGGUCACGCGGGGCCUGGGAGACCAUGACCUCAAGGUGUUCAGCUCCAACAUCCACAUCAAGCCUUUCCUGUCCUGCUUCCCAGAGGUCAGGGUUUACGACCUCACGCAGUACGAGCACUGCCCUGACGAUGUUCUGGUCUUGGGCACCGACGGGCUCUGGGAUGUCACCAAUGACAAGGAGGUGGCUGGCGUGGUGAUGGAGGUGCUGACGAGUUAUGAGCCCAAUGACCCAUGCAGGUACACCAUGGUGGCCCAGGAGCUGGUGGUGCGGUCCAGGGGGGUGCUGAAGGAGCGGGGCUGGCGGCUGGCCAACGACAAGCUGGGCUCUGGCGAUGACAUUUCUGUCUUUGUGAUACCUCUGGGCGGCCCAGGCAACUACACAUGA